CGACCACCACCGUAUUAAGGGGCGUGGCAAAACGUCGAUCUUUAGUCACUAAAGUUUAGACAUAGUUUAAAUUGUCAACAAAAUGGCUUCAAUGUUUACUGCAUCAACUAGCAUAAAAAAAGCUGUACUUCUUAUCAAUGACCUUGAUGUCACUAGGUUCCCCCUUCUCUUGUCAAGGAUUAUUCAGAAACUUCAUUUAAAGGAAGAACGUACAUUUUCAGAUGAGGAGGAAGAAAAAUUGCAAGGUGCUUUUGGUAUAUCUUCAAAAGAUUUAGACCUGGUUCUUCAGACUUUAGAAUUCAUCUUGCAGCAGGCUGCCUACCACACAGCUAAACCUGCAUCACUCUCAGAGCAAUUAACCCAGCUACAACUUCAUGACGACAAGGUUGGUAUUAUUGUUGAUGCAUGGACCAAUGGGGCCAGAGACCUGGUCCAAAAGUUGAGAGAGCGGAGUGUACACCCUUGUCAGCUGGACACGGUUGACUGGAGACUGAACCUGCAGCUUGCCCAAGCCUCACAGUCCAAGAUGAAACUACCCAAUGCACUUUUUCAACUGGGAAUCAAAGAUGAAAACAAAGGGGUCAAUGAAAAUAUUUUGUUAGAGUUCACCCACCAAGAGCUGUAUGAAUUUUACAAUCAACUAGAGACCAUACAGAACCAACUGGACAGCCUGAGCUGAGAUGACCAUCGGCUUACAUGUUGGUGCUGGCUUACACGUGUGAUGGAGUGGGGGGCAAGACGUGGGGGAGAUGUGUGGAUCUCUGUGGGGCAGCGGAUAAAUGUGGUGGGGGUGGGGG